AAGUUUACUUCAGUCGCACAAAUCACAUCGUCUGUUACAUCAUACCGGGCAGCAACUUGAACAGUUCUGUGACUGUUCAACACAGAUUCGCUUUUUUUGACCCUUGGUUGACUCAUGUUCUUCGAUAAAAUGAAACUCUUGCGUUGAAACGCUAGUGUAUUCUCCGGGGGAGUGCCCAAUUAUAACUCCUUUGUUUUUGCUGCAAUCAGAACGUGUGUGUUUCUGACCUUUGUUCUCUGUCCUUACUGUAGAGUGGAGAAAAUGUCAAUCGGAAGAAACCAAGCCAGGUGCCGUUUCUAUGCGUCGGUGUUUUCCCUGGAGUCCGAAGAAGUACUUGUAGACAGCAAAACCGAGCAAAUGCGACCGCAUGUUUCCUCUUUCCACGUUCGUCUGUUCUGUCUGUUUUUAGCCUCUUGUUCGGUUCCUCUGUUACUAGUUUCUGGGUCUCAAAGUGGGACCCUUCGACUGCCUGAAGGCCAUGCGUGCGCCACUCCGUCCUCUGCUGCUUUUUCUUCUGCUUGCAACAUUUAUUCAGAGAGUGUAACACCGAUUGAACCGCAGUCUUCGCAUUCCCCGUCUCAAAUACAAGAGCGAGCAACCGACACGAUCCACUCCGUUCCUGCACGAACCGCCACAGCAGCAUUUUCACCUCUCCCUCAGAAACAAGAUGAGAGUUCCGGUGUCACCCUUCUGUCAGGAUCCGCUCUUCAAAGUUCAAUCCCCUUCGGAGUGCCAACUGAUUACUCCGUUCGUCUGCCUUUCGCUCCGAGCCUCGAUCCGAGGUCUCUCGUUCCGAAACAGCGUCUUGCUAAGCUGUUUACAGCGGACGGAAAGUCCGCUUCAAUGGCAAGGAAUUUAGCUGCCAAGACACUCGCUACCGAUCUUUUGAGAGUCAGUCGGGCCUCUGCGACAAAACGCGAAGUGCUGAAAGCGGCAGAAAACAUUUCGAUCCUCGGGCGGUUCGGCGAGAAUGCGGAGAUAAACGGAGAGUACGAGCUUAUCCGCGAUGACGAACGAAAAAGUCGGGGCGAAAAACCAGGAGGCCGGCCGGUCUACCGAAAGAAGCAAAUGGUCUUUUUCUCCAACUCAUCUUCUGCAGCGUCUCAGGAGGUGCGCGAGGACGCGAACCAGUCCCCUCUGUACUUGUUUCACGUUGAGUCGUCUGGCCCCGCUAAUCCAGCGUUCUGGGCUGUUGGGGAGACGCUUGGAGCGAAUGAGAGAAUUCGAGCCUUUGUUUUGAGUUCUGCAGAUACACCGGACAAGGCGGAAGGUGAGUGGCUGGUUUUCGAGAAAUCAGUCGUGGAAGAGUCCUCUCCGCAAAUGUUCCAAGCGGGCUCGCCACCCAUUGUCGUCCCGACCUUCCACGCGGAUCCGUACGUCGCCGCGGUGCCGGUUUCUUGCGACAACGGCGCGCAAGACGGGGACGAAACUGGGCUAGAUUGUGGAGGAGAUACGUGCAGAGCCUGCGACCAAUUCAGAAGCUGUCGACUCCCCGCGGCCCUCCCUACAGGCGAUUACGCACUCGGCGAUUGUCCCAGUGACGCUAAACUUGCCCACGGAAAAGCUUGCACGUAUAAGUGCCCGCUGGGGUGGAGAGAGAAGGGGGCCUUAGGCCGCAUUUGCUACGAUGGAACUGUCCUGGAAAUCCGCCGAGGUGCUGGCUGUGAACGCGCGUUCGAGUUGCCGGAGAACGCAACGCAAAACUGCCAGUUCCUUCUCCUGGACGGCGCCCCAGAGAGACAACAAAAGUGCAACGGACUCUUCAUCAGCCACAUUGUUACCGGCAUGAGCGGCCAAAGGGCGGUGUUCUGGCAGAAGGAUAUCCACGGAGAGCUCAUCCAACUCUACUGGGACGACGGAUACUGGUUAUGUGGGUCGUUUGAAAAAGAUGAAGAGUACGGAUACCUGCCAGACAUGACGCCCGAACGGCUUAUUCAAGCAAAUUCCAUCCCUCUACUGACAUCUCAAGCCGCCUGGUCUAAUGUACCCGGUCCGCAAGCGUCUGCUUUGCCGGCCUCUCUUCGCUGCGUAGAUCCGCUCAAGCCCCUCCAGCAGAUUCAGAGAGAGGGGGAUCAAUGUCCCGCUUUCUUCUUCUCUGGCUGGUCGCGUCCAGAGUUAGAUGGUUACUGGCACGAGCUCUUUCCACCGUCUUCAGACGGCCGGCCUCGGUUUAUAAAUGAAAACAUGCUCUUGAUUCACUGGACACCGCUCGGCUACUGGGUUGUCGGCGUUCCGGAUGAUGACACCAUGGCGCUCGCGCUGUCUUUCUCCCCCAGCAAAUUUCCUUCUCCCAAUGGCUGGAGAAUUUGGAACGCGGGGAAAGGACUCUGGGAAGAAGAAGAAAGUGUGCGCGUCCGCUGUGUGCCGACAGAUGACCGAGAGAGCCAAAGCAGCGUGGAGUUUCGAAACAGGAAUGGUAACGGCUCUCGUGAAAGCUACACAAGUACUCGAAAUAGCCACUAUGGCUUCCCUGCGCCCCUUCUCGCCAUAUCUGCUUCGCCCUUUCUACCGUCGUCUUUUACACAUGAAGCACACGAAACAAGUCAGAACCGUAGUGGCGGGCUUCUAGAAGGUUUGAUCUCCCCAGAAGAAGGCGACCUUCGGCUUCGUAGUGAUGGGCGUACGCUUCUGUCCCUGGAUCUCCCCAAACGAAGUGUAUGUCCUCGCCUUCUUCUCGAAGGAGGCGUCGGUUUGGGGGCUCGCUGCAACGGUGUGUGGUCACGCCCCCUUUCCUCUUUGGGAGAAAGGAUCGGAGGAGCGGAGAGCCGCGGUUCUUCUAAUGCCGGCAAUCAUCCAGAUGACCAGAACUACGAAUAUGAUGAUGAACACACGUAUUACCUUUUCAAGCUAUCCAUAGACAGCCGCGUUAUGUAUCUGUAUAAGUCAGACGACCAGUGGCGAUGCACUGCAGACGGUAUCACCCUGCUAGGCUUCUCAAACGAGAAUGUGACUCUUCAGAGCGGGGUGAAAGAGAAAACAAAACCCGGAAGCGAACUUACUAAUUCAGAUGAACCGCAUUCUGGAGAGGCGAACGGCGAAGAAGGCAACUGGUUAGAGGGGCUGCGAUAUGUCGCUGGACCUUGGCGCCUAUCUUGUCUCGAGGAAGAAGGUUCACAACAGAAGUGUGAUGAAUUGCGCGUCUCUGGUUUUGCUGAUUCUGCUGAAGUUUUCAACGGCUUGUGGACGAAGAGUGGCAUCGGCGCAGCAGGCACACACGCUCAGUAUACAAAGAAAACGUCAGAAGGGGAACAGACAGCUCCUUUAUUCCACCAUCGUUCCGUCAAAUUCCUCUUACAUUAUCACCCGGUUGGUCUGUGGGUUAUCGGUAAAAGCCCUGAAUCCAAUGAGAGAUACAGAGGACCCAGAGAAAAUGGCUCACGGAGAGACCUGCCUCAUUUUUUCGCGUACGCACUGAACUUACACGGUCGAGUACCUCCUGGAGGGUUGUGGACCGUCUUUGAGAAAGCCCACAACAGGGCAGUUUUGAACCUCGUUCAGAUUGAAUGUAUUCAGCAUGUCACCACGCGAAUAACACGGUGAGGAAGAAUGCCCAUGUGACGCUGAAUUAUUUCUCUUGGUACGCGCUGAACUGUCUUUGUCGAGUGCGGGAAGUCUUUCCUGGUCAAACGCUGGUGAGAGUGGCAUAAUGCAUGAGUGUCUAUACAAAUGCGUACUCUGCAAUGGUGGAAGCCUUCGUUCGUGGCCAAGUCAUGGGAAAGAAACGGAAAAAAACACGAUUUUGACUUGUCUCUCCUUGUCUGGCGAUGGUGAGUUUCUUCAUUAAAAAGUGUUGCCGCUCUAUCCUUGUUUUGAUGCACAUCCAUUGGUAUAUACACAAUAUGACUUGAACUGUUGCUUUUCAGGAUGAGCUCUUUCCUCUGUGUUCCCCCCAAUUUAUAUAUUGAAGCGGGGACAAGGGACUUCGAUGCACCUCUUUUCGUGGCACUUCAACAACCCAUGAAUCUUUCCCUCUGGUCUGAGAAUAUCGUUGGCGAAA